AUGAUGGAGAAUCGGGUGUUGCGCUACACUUUUUAUAGCCUGACUACGGGCAUUUCGGUAGUGUUGUUGUCAGAAAUCUUUUAUCGUGGCUUUUUGUACGUGCGCGAACGUUUGUGGCGUCGCGAUGCAUCUGAUGACGAAAUAGCCGAAGUCAUCUGGACGAAUGAGCUGACACAAAGCUGCGCUGGUGGUCACACACUAAAAUCAUCAGCAGAUCGUAAGAGCCCCACAUACGAAAGUCCAUCGAAGGGAAUGAUUGAAAAUGGACAUGUUACGAAAUUACCAACUCCUAAUGUGAGUCCUUCAUGUCAGAAUCGGUAUUGUGCUGCCAAUAAUGUCGGUCGUUUAAUAGCGUUAAUUGAUAAAUCUAAAUAUACCAUUGAUCUAGCAAUGUAUACGUUUACAUCCUAUGAUCUAUCUCAAGCAUUUAUGCGUGCCAUUCGCCGGGGAGUUUCAGUGCGCAUAAUAAGUGACAAAGAAAUGGUAUACUCCAGUGGAUCUCAGAUUAUAACGCUAACGAAGGCAGGCGUGGCGGUGCGGUGUCCAAUGACCACAAUGCUAAUGCAUCAUAAAUUUUGCCUGCUAGACGGACCGAAACGUGCGCGUUCGGUUUUGGGCAAUGUCGGCAAAACAGAUGAUUUGCGUAAUGUAAAGGGGGUUCUUAUGUCCGGCUCACUCAAUUGGACCAUGCAGGGUUUUGGUGGCAAUUGGGAGAAUAUUGUAAUCAGUUCCAAUAAAGAGUUGUUGGAACAUUUCGAAGAUGAAUUUCAACGAAUGUGGUUAGCAUUCGCUCCACGUUUGAGUUCGUAA